AUGCUGGGAAAUAAUGAGCACUUUUAUCCCGGUCAGGAUGACAAAGAUGGGGAGGAUGAAGAGGAGGAAGAGGAGCAGGGAGGAGAAAACAGAGAAGAGGAAGGUGGACGUGACACGGAGAAUGGAGGAUUAGAGGGUCUGGAGGAGAAGGAAAUGACGGGAGGACGACAAUCCUGGGAAGGGAAAGGCGGCGAGGUGGUGAAACCAGCAGCCAUCGUGGUCGGCAGACAGAGAGUAGACCGGCCGCUGAGGCCGGGCAACCUGGGCAACAGGGGUGUCAAUUACAUGCCCAAUUUAGGCCCAGUACAUCCACAAGUUGCCAAUAAGCAGCAGCAGCAUCUCUUGGCAGCAAAAAGAAGAGCUCUCAUGGAGCGCAGCAUGACCACAGUGGCCCCACUGGAGGACACUUUCCUGACCAUGAUGGUGUUUCGCAUUGGGAUUCCUGACAUCAAACAAACAAGGUGUCUCCAGUUUGACCAGGACUGCACGGUGUGGAGCGCCAAGCAGCAGAUCAUCUGUUCACUCGGCGAGUCGCUGUGGGACGCCUACAACUACGGCCUCUUCCAGCCGGCUGGAGACGGGCGGGACGCCAAGUUCCUGGAAGAGACGCGACCCCUGCGGGACUAUUCACAGUCCUUGGAGAAAGGGGUGCCUUACCUGGAGUUUAGGUACAAAACCAGAGUUUAUAAACAGACCAAUCUGGAUGAAAAGGCUCUUGCUAAACUCAGCACCAAGGCCAGUCUGAAGAAGUUUCUGGAUUACAUUCAGACCGGCACAAUAGAGAAAAUGGCAAAAGUCCUUGAUAAAGGUCUUGAUCCAAAUUUUCAUGACCCUGACACUGGAGAGACCCCGCUCACAGUAGCCAUGCAGGCGGGCCUGUCGUUGGAGGGCACCAGGAUGCUGAUUCAGGGCGGCGCUCACCUCGACUUCAGGAGCAGAGACGGCUUCACAGCGUUGCACAAAGCUGUUCGGGCUCACAAUCAUGCUGGGCUGCUGUCUCUCUUGUCCUUCGGAGCAUCUCCAGACUACAAAGACCGCUGUGGCCUGACCCCGCUGUACCACACUGUGCUGACAGGGGGAGACACCUCCUGCUGUGAGACCCUGCUCUAUUACAGGGCGAGGCUGGGGACGAGGGACGAGAACGGCUGGGAAGAGUCCCAUCAGCACAGGGAUGAAGAGGAGUUUGGAAUGGAAGAAAUACAUAAGGCUUGCCAGAAUGGCUUUGCACAGCACUUGGAGCAUCUGCUGUUUUAUGGGGCAGACACCACUUCUCAAAAUGCCUCAGGGAACACCGCACUUCACAUCUCUGCCCUGUACAACAAGGAAAGCUGUGUCCGUGUUCUUCUGUACAGGGGAGCCAAUAAGGAGGCAAAGAACAAGCAUGGUCAGACCCCUUUUCAGGUAGCUGUAAUGGCUGGUCACUUUGAGCUCGGGGAAAUCAUCAAAAACCACAAAGAUACUGACAUAGUGCCCUUUUUGGAAUCGCCAAAGUUUGUCCCCAGGCGAAAAGAGAGCUCCCACACACUGCCUCUGCCUUCGCUUCACUCCCACCCACUCCUGCGUGCUAAUAGCGAUAACACCAUGACCCAGUCUGACCCUCUGCCCCCUCCCAACAAGGCUGCAACCAACCCCAACCCAGGACAGGGCCAGCGCAGGGCCUCCAUCGGCAUGAGAAGCUCCAGCAGCCCCAGAACUCGUACUCGCUCCCCCUCCAGAGGAAGAGGAGGCCAAAGUGACACAGAGGAGAGGCACCGGCAGCCACGGGGGAGGCAGGGCGCGACCUCAGCGGGCAGCGGAGGAGGUCAGAUGAAGCGUAUGUACAGCGCAGUGCCAGGACGAGUUUAUGUGGCCACUCGUGCCCACUCUGCUAGCGGAGACAGAGAGCUCUCACUUAACAAAGGGGACAAAGUUAAAGUGUUGAGUGUAGGAGAAGGAGGAUACUGGGAGGGAACAGUGAAAGGACGCACCGGCUGGUUUCCUUCAGACUGUGUGCAGGAGGUGGGGGCUCCCAGCAAAGACAAUCGAACAGAGACCCGCAGCGAGAAAGCCAAGAGGAAGCUUUUCCGUAACGUCACUGUCGGAGCCUACGACGGCACCGAUGGCCCCAGUGACUACAUCAUUAAGGAGAAGACAGUGCUCCUACAGAAGAAAGACAAUGAGGGCUUUGGCUUUGUGCUUAGGGGAGCCAAAGCUCAGACUCCCAUAGAGGAGUUCACUCCAACGCCAGCAUUCCCCGCGCUGCAGUACCUGGAGUCUGUUGAUGAGGGGGGCGUGGCGUGGAGAGCGGGCCUGAGGAUGGGGGAUUUCCUCAUCGAGGUGAACGGCCAGAAUGUGGUGAAGGUUGGUCAUCGGCAGGUGGUCAACAUGAUCCGGCAGGGCGGCAACAGUCUCAUGGUGAAAGUUGUGAUGGUUGCUCGGAACCCUGAGCUGGAGGACACAGCUCGAAAACGAGCCCCGCAGCAGACUAAAAGACUGACUCCUCCUGCCAUUGCCCUGCGCUCCAAGUCAAUGACAUCAGAGCUGGAAGACAUGGUCGACAAAGCUGCCUCUCCGUGGAAAAAGAAAGCAGAAUACGAGUCCUCUCAGGGUCCUGAUAAGAAGAGGACAGUCUAUCAGAUGGCGUUAAAUAAACUGGAUGAAAUCUUGGCUGCUGCCCAACACACUAUUACAUCAGACAACCAGGGCCAGAGAGGUCACACAGGCAAGAGGGACCGGAGCAAGAGUAUUGUUCCCAAUGUCUCCAAUGAGCAACCCUAUGAGCAGCAGUCGUCACUGAGUAUGGUACAGCCCGGGCCAGGUUUUGGCUACAACCAGGCUCAUUUCCAACCAGGCCACGGUCCUCAGCAUGCAGUCAUGAUGCGUCAAAAAUCUAUCGGUGUAACAGAGGAGGAAAGGCAAUACCUCCACCCACCUGCUAUGAAGCUGGCUCGCAGCCUGUCAGUGCCGGGACCAGAAGAAAUACCCCCACCUCCUAACACAUCUGCCCCAGAGCCGCCUUUAUCUGCAGGCCCUCAUCCUGGGAGAGGUCCUGCCAUGCCUAUACCCCCUGUAUCACAACCCCAUUACCAAAUCCACUCUCAGCCAAGUCAUCCUACUCAAGCUAACUGGGAGAGGGGAGGAGCUGGUGGGAUGAACCAGCAGGUCAUGGUUCCCACCCUCCGCAGACAAUCGGAAGGACUGUGCAUCAGAGAGCCAGAUGUGCCCAGGAGGGGUGGUGGCAAGAUGGGAGGUUUAAGGAGAGGCUACAGCAGUGCUACACCACCAACGAGUGCGAAGCCAAAGCCGCAGCAGGCACCGCAACAUCACCAACAUAUGCCCAACCGCGAGCAGGGUGGAGGGGUUGGCAGGGGGGUGGCCAGGAGGGGAGGACGGGGUGCUUUGAUGAAGCAGUCAAAAGUGGAAGACGGGCUGAGACAGCACCGAGGGAAAGGAGGUGCAGCUAAGGAGAAGAGCUCCAUCCCCAUCCCCACCAUCAUUGUCAAAGCACCCUCCACCAGCAGCAGCGGUCGAAGCAGCCAGGGCAGCAGCAUGGAAGCUGAGCCCUGUCAGGAUGCGGAAGACCAAACCUCUAUUGACGCAGUCACAGACAGCCCCAACACCAGCCUACCCUCACCCCUCACCCCCUUGCCACCUCCGCCCCCUACAUCCACUUCUUUGCCUUCAUCAACUGUUGCACCUUCUGUUUCCUCGCACCAAACCCUGGAUAACUUGGAUUACACCUCCACAUAUGGUUCAGCAUUUGGAGGGGGAGGGGGAGUAGGAGGAGGAGGGGCGCGCAGGGAAAGAGAACGUUUCAGAGAUAUGAGAAGAAAGAGCGCUUCUUUUUACCUCUCAUCUGAGGAGGACAUUCAAGGGGAGGCAGGCGGAGGACCAGGAGAAACAGGAGGAACACUAGCGACACGAAUUCAGCCUUUACAGGGCUCACAAAUGGAAAUACCAACACCUCGACUACGACCUUCUAAGUCUAUAGAUGAAGGCAUGUUUUCUGGAGACAACUAUGUCAACUAUUCCAGCAGCAUGCCCCCAGCCUUUGGCCUGCCUGAGUAUUCUUCUCCUGUCCUUGGUCAGGAUGGCCAGCCCAAGUCAGCUCCUUCAGUGUAUGGCACGCAGCCUACUACUACCUUCAUCCACCCUCUUACAGGGAAAGUUCUGGACCCCUCGUCUCCACUUGGCCUGGCCCUGGCUGCAAGGGAGCGAGCCCUAAAGGAUGACCGGAGGUCACGUCGAGAGGAGAGACACUUUGGCCGCCAGUUGUCCACAGUAGGAGCCUUCCCAACCCCUGUUCAGACUCCAACACCUUCCCUUUUUGCAACCCCAACACAAUCGACCUACACUUCUCCAGUGUCCCUCCACCUAACCUCCCCCACCACCACCACCUCACCUGCAUCUUUGAGUCGACCACAGUCACCAAGGAUAUUGCGUUUGGGAGGAGGAGGUGGUGGGGAGAGGAUGGAGAGAGAAAAAGAGGGAGGACCUAGGGAGGGUCUAAGAGUACGCUUUUCUGAGGACAGAACCAACCAGUUUUCAACGCAAUAUUACCCACAGAGCCCCAGGGAGAGAGAAAAGGAGGUGUAUGACACCAGACCUGCUCCACCAAUACAGCCUCCUCCCCCGCCAGCUCAACCUGCCCCUCGCAGACCUUCGUUUCUUCAGAUGGAUACCGCUCCCAACACCAGCUACAUCCCUCAGUACACCGUCCCUACAGCUCCAGCACAUACACAUGACGUUAUGGGAGAAGCAAGAGCUGGGGCAGGUGGAGGUCUAGGACUGAUGGUUCUACCUCCACCAGCUCCCUCAAUAGACGCAGAUGAUGAAUUUGUCUUUGCAGAUCCUUUGCCCCCUCCUUUACAGUUUGCUAAUGGUAAGAACGAGAGAGCGCAGGAGUUUUCUCAGCAUCAUCAACACCAGAGUCAACAUUCGGUCUCUGCUGCUCCACCUCCUCCACCUCCUCUUCCAUCUUCUAAAUCCUCAAAUGCUCCCCAAUCCUCUUCGCAAGGGGGCGACUCUGCUGCCUCCAGCCUUACCUCCUAUGACAGCGAGGUGGCCAACCUCACACAAUCUGCUCUCUCGCCAUCUUAUCCGUCCCCACAAAUAUUUCCCCCUUCCUCCACUACUGCCACCACCACCUCUGCUGCUGCUGCUGCUCUGCCUGCCGCAUCACUACACAGACCCCAGCCCAUGUCCCAUUCUCACCCCUAUUACAGCAGCUCUAAUGACCCCUCUGUAGGUGUUCAUACAGCAGCCCAGGACAGAGGCACAGCUGCCCUCACCACCACCAUGACAUAUGCUACCACUACCAUGACGGCAACUGCUGCUGCCACAACCACCACAACCUCUCCAGCAUCCUCUGACUACAGUAUGAUCAUGGCUGGGCCCAAGGCAGGCCUCGGCACAGGGGGUAGAGCUGCUGACCACACUCAUCCCACGACUAUUAUACCCAAAGGUGGAGACUGGCAAGAUGCUGUGGUGGAUUCUGGAAUUGAGGAGCUGGACAGCCAUAGCAGUAGUGACCAUCAUUUAGAAAUGCUGGGACUGGGUGGAUUGAGAGGAGAGAGAGGAGGGAUUGGUGUAGAUGGGCGAGGAGGGGAGGGAGAGAAAGGCGUUGAACAUCAGGAUCCAUGCACAACCUACUCAGGUGGGCAAACAUUUGAGGUGCACAGCGCCAAACUGGCAAACCCUGUGUUUCCAAAGAUGACUCACUACAAGGAGGGGGGAGGGAGGGGCCCGUCUGUAGCACUACGUAGGCAGAACAGCACCAACCCUGCUCCUUUGCAGUUACAGAGGCAGAGCAUGCCAGAAGACGGCAGUUUAGAUGGAACUCUUUUAGACGAUAGGAAGCACAAGCAGAGUCGAUCCAGAAUGGAGGAUGGCUUUAGCUCCACCCUGGCUGCCUGCUUAGAGAGGCCCAUUGACACUCGUUCAGUGGGCUGGGGUGAGAUUGGGGAACACGAGCAAGUGGCAAUCCAGAGAGGCGGUUUGCUUAUGGAAGGCCGCAGACUUCACUCACCACUGUCGGGUGUGAAAGCCAGUAUCAUCAAUGAACUGAGUUCCAAGCUUCAACAGAUGAGUGGCAUGAAGAGCAUGGAUGACUGGAGCCACACUCCAAAGUCACCCACCAUGCAUAGGUACUCGGCAGAUUACACUGAUGCAUUUCACAGCCCCCCCACUGGCCGCUCCACCUCACCACUACCUACCUCCUCCCCACAGCAUCGUCAGAUCCUGACACCCAACCUCUCGGCCACUCCUUCUGUCUCUCCGUCCCCUCAAGUCCCAGUUCAGCGCAACUGGACCCGUUCCCCUUCUCCACAAAUGCCUUCCUCCCCAGUUCAUUCACAUCCUCCCCAUUCCCCAACCUACUGUCCAUACCCAACAUCACCCAAGCAUCGGUCCAAGUUUCGAAGGCAAACUUUUGACUUUCAGUGCAGUCCCACUAAGGAGAUGCGGUCCUCAGUUUCUCGUCGCCGGGCUCCGAGUCCUCUAAUCUAUAACACUGAACAGUCCAACCCCACCCCUCCCAGGCCCUCCUCCCUCCCUAUCCUCCCCAGUACACCUGUCUACAACAGCCCCUUUGACUUUCCUGGGCCUCUCACUCCUCCUUCUCCUGGGCUCCCUCUAGGAGAUCCUUACAAGUCUUCAACUCCUCCACUGUUCUCCCCAUCCGGUGUGCCAAGUCCAAACCCACUUCUUGUUUCCCGCUCUCUCUCCCCAACUCAUUUUCUCUCUGGAGCCUCUUCCCCCAUGCAUUUGCCACCCAGCCCUUCCUGUCUCAACUACCCUCAUCUCAACCCUCCCCCACCAGCCAAACCAUUCGCCAUCAAACCCUUGCCCUACUGGACCAAGUACGAUGUGGCCGACUGGCUGGUUUAUCUAAAUCUGGGUGAACACAGAGACCGUUUUAUAGACAAUGAGAUUGAUGGAUCGCAUCUGCCUUCGCUCACCAAGGACGACUUCUUGGAUCUGGGAGUGACACGUGUGGGACAUCGAAUGAACAUCGAGAGGGCGCUGAAGAAACUCACUGACAGGCGGCUUUCCUCUCCUUUGCAUGUCACUACUUCUCCCCGAGACACAGACUGAGAUUGAAGGGGUGAUUCAAA